AUGGUUGGGAUGGACGCUAUCAGCGCGCUCCUUCAAACGGGAUCAUGGAGGACCUCGCGCUCAAAGAGUCAGAACCCCUAUUCUCGAACUCCCCGUCGUACUGAUCCGCUCUCCGAGUUGGAUAUUCAUGUUGACAAACCCGUGGAACGACGACGAAUCCAGCAAUUGCCUCCGCCUACUGUUGAAGACGAGGCGGAUUCUCUAGCCAAAGAAUAUGGAAGUCCGUCGGUCAUUAGUUCUUAUGAGGAUGAACCUCCCAAUCGAGGAGAAAUUGAUCAGUUAAUACUUAUGGAGCCGGUUUUGGAAAAUAAUCCAGAGCGCCGCUUCGUGGUUGUCACAGGUCCAGGGGCUGGAAAAGAGAGCGAACCAGCACCUAGCAUUGUUGAGACAACACCACCCGUUACCUCUACUGACACAGCCCAAAUAGGGGAGACCAAUGAUUGCAAGAAGUUUGUUCUCGUUCCCUCAGAAGAGAUGAAAGAUGGAGACAAGCAAGCGGAAAAGAAAGAACCGGAACUCGCAAAGCGAAAGAGCCAUCAGGAUCUGCCACGGUUGGAUACCCACGUUCAAGAACCAGACACCAAGAACGCUCCCAAGGACGCUCCCAAUGAACCACCGAGUGACCGACAAAGCCAGGAGAAGACUCCUGUCCAUCAGGAUGAUGGCAAAGCGGCUCGUAUCAGACGAUCAGGCAGCCGCAGGCGCCCAGAAGCAUGUGUUGAUGAAGAGGACACCAAGAAAGCAUCCCUGAAGCGGGCAAGCAGCCGUCGGCGCCCAGAGAUUCCUCCUGACGAUCAAGACUCUGCGGAUACUUCUAUCAAGCGAUCAAGUAGCCGGAGGUACAGAGAGCGGCCUACCGACCAGGAUGCUAAGGAGUCCCCUAUCAAGCGAUCAAACAGUCGGAAACCCCGAAGUCGACCACUUCACGAUCAAGACUUUGAAAUCACUGCUGAUUCUCCUGACAAAGUUAACCCAGGAGCAAGCGAAUUUUCUGCUAGCGUCGUCACUCAGACGGCGAGUAGUAGAGAGCGUGCAUAUUAUGACUUGAACCAAGCAGCCGACGGAGUUUCCCAUCGUCGCUCAAAAUCCAAGCAUGGUGCUCGAAUUACCCCGUCAAAUAGUAGGCAGGCAUACCAUUUGUCUCCUCCACAAACACCAGGCCGACCGCGUCACGAGCGCAUGGCCUCAACACCUGACGUGCCUCGAAUCGACUCCAGAUCCCUUGAGCUGGGAGGACCUGGAAUAGCUCCGCUAUCAAUGUACCGAUAUAAUGACGCAGAUGACGCCAUGUCAUUCAUGGUUCAGGAAAUUGUUAUCCCCGAUCACGAUCUGAACAGAAAGUCUUCACCGCCUAUGACAAGCCGCAAAGAGAGCCCGCCACCGUAUCCUUCAGUUGCGGAACGGAAGAGGAUGCCAAGUCAGUCUGCUACUAACAGAAGGCGUCGCAACUCCAUGGCCGCCCCUCGUGACCGCAGAGAAUAUCCAAUCGAUGAUGAUCCUUGUUAUCAACAGUUAGACCACCAUGAACAGCCCCAGCCGUUCCGCCCUGCGGUCGAAGAAGACGCUUCACUGAUGGCCCUGAAACAUCGUUUGGGUGCAGUGGAUAUUGGUUCAGAGUCCCAAGAUGUGGUACCUCAUCCAUCCGCUCUUGCACUGAGGCAGCAGGACCAGUUCUCGGAGGCGAGUGAUCCAGGAAGCUCGAGAAGCGCUACAUUCUCGGCUGAGGGGGAUUACAGGAGGGGUAGGGCCGGUACCUACUCUUUGACGUCUUCCCCUCCUAACGGUAGAUUGGUACCCCGGAGAGAAGAUGAGAGCAGUCCGAGGACCAGGCGGCGGGCUCGUUCGCGGACGAUGGGUACAAAUCCCUAUUCCAACAGCUCUCCAGUCUUGUCUGCGCCGGGCCAUCAUCCUUCAAAUGGGAGCAAUGCGCUUGCGAAAGUCUCUUCGCCGUUGGCUUCUCCAUCUCUUACACGACAAGAGCUCGUCAGCACCAGACCAUCAGCAUCUUUUUGGGAUCAGAAUCCAUUCGAGCCUGCAGGCCGUAGAGCUCCAGGCGCCAGACCGAUUCUCUCCUUCCGGAAUUAUUCAGAGGAGGUCCGACAAGGGUUAACACCUCCACUGCCCGACUGCCCCUGGCAAAUUCCUGGUUUACCGUACAGUAGAAAUCCAGGCGACCGCUUUUGGAUUCUUCGCGGGGCCGAGAAUUUCUUAGUAUGUCCUCAUUGCCACUCGGAGCUCUUUGCCAAUAGCCAGUUCAGACUCGAGUUCGUCGCCACUUCCUUACGACCCGACCAGCCUAUUUUGUGUCACCUUGGCUCUUCUUUCUGGUACCGCAUGGCGUAUCUAAUGACACUCAAGCAACGCUUGCCAGACCUGCAACUCAUACGAAACGUAGCUAUGGUUUCGGGGCGCCAUCCGCCAUGCAGUGGACCUCAGGAGACUGCCCGCAAGUGGUACGGGAUGUGGGAUUCGUAUAAAGGGGACUUUGUUCCCCUUUUCGAAGUCUGCGUGGGCUGUGUGAAGAUGCUGGAGGCAGUGUUGCCGAACCUGGCCAAUACGCUAUAUCCAAUAAGCCCAGAGCCAUUUAUAGCCUAUUGCCAACUUCACUACGCACCUGGCAGGGAAAGAUUCAUAGAAUACUUCGACCUUUUCGAGAUGACUUCGGAUUACGCACUCAGCCGUCAAGCCGCACCCGACAUUCGUGAUCUCGCGAAUAGACUUCGCCGAAUCGCUAGAGUCAAAGAAUGCCCGCCGUGCCCAAAAGACCAGGCCCUUGUUGGGGCCUAUUGGCAUACCAUGAAUUUUCUCCCCGAAUUCACAGUGUGUGAGGCAUGCUACAGAGAAGUGGUCAAGCCUAUGCUUGACGCCGACGAUCGCAGGAGCGAUAUCCCUUGGAACUUCCUCCCCGAGAGACUUGUAUCCAAAGCAAUAGCCUCCUGUCAGUUGUCUAGCGAACGCAUGCGGGAAGAGUUCCGCGAGGCAUGCCGGCUCAAUGAUUUUGGUUAUCUUGAUGGCAAAUAUAUAGAAAGACUGGGAAGUUUAUUGACACCCGUGUCUAGAGGAAGCGUUUAA